AUGUCCUUCACAAUUACUGUCCGCCAGGGCCCUGCGCGACUUGCGCAGAGGCUUCCUGAGCUCUCAAAGACUGCUUUCCGCAACACCGCAUCCGUCCGAAGCUUCCACGUCCAGUCCAAGCCCACAGCCAACUUCUUCACAUCGCGCGUCACCUCCGCAGCCACCCGCAAUGCUUUCCAACGAACAAGCCGUGCUGGCGGUCGAUCUUACAACCAGCAAGCUGCAGGAGCUGCCACAGCGCCUCAGUCGACGAGCCGACGACUCUUGGUUGGAGGUGCCAUCUUUGGCGGUACGCUUGUUGCCAUCAAUGCUGUCUUCAACCGGGAGACCCGUGAGGAUGGCGGCAUGCCCGUUUACGAGCGCGAAUACUUGAACAACACUUUCUUGCACACUGGUCUCGGAAUUGGUAUCAUUGGAUUGACGGCUCGACAAAUGGUUCAAACCGGCUUCGUUUACCGAAUCAUGGUUACUAACCCUUGGGUUGUUGGAAUUGGUGGUCUCGCUCUCAGCUUCGCCACCAUGAUUGGAACUCGAUCUAUCAGCCCUGACAACUACAUCCCCAAGUACGCCCUCUGGACCGCUUUCAACGCCACUCAGGCUGCAUUUGUCGCUCCCCUCCUCGCCUUCGUUCCCCCUGCUCUCCUUGGACGUGCCGGUCUCUACACCAUCGCCAUGAUGGGUGGUCUUGCCAUCGUCGGUGCCACUGCUAAGCAGGAGAAGUAUCUCUACAUUGGUGGUCCUCUCCUGGCUGGUGCCGCCAUCGUUGCUGCUUCUGGUCUCGCCCCUCUUGUCAUCCCCGCCACCGCUAUCCGAACCCUUGCCUUCACUGAGAGCAUCUGGCUGUACGGUGGUCUUGCUGUCUUUGGUGGAUUCACUCUGUAUGAUGUCCAGAAGGUCCUCCACCACGCGCGUCUCGCCCAAGCUGGUGUCAUUCGCCGUGACCCCGUCAACGAGAGUAUCUCUCUCGAGCUUGACUUCCUCAACAUCUUCAUCCGCAUGGUUCAAAUCCUGAUGAUGCAGCAGAACCGACGCAAGUAA